UUGGAGUCGCAAUGUUUUGAAAGUUAGGUUAAGUGUGUGUAAAUGCAUACAAUACAUAUACGUACGUCGCAAUCGUAUGUCGUGCGUGACGUUUGUAAUUUUUAUAAACCUGUAUAAAUUAGUACCUAAACAAAUAAUUAUCAACGUCAAGCCAAUGCAAUGCUACUCAACAGACUUUGCAAGGCGAUCGUACAUACGACGAGCUUGCGUCUCUUGGGGGCCAGCUCGUCUUUAAGCUUGAGGAGGAGCUUCGCGCUCUACUGUAUGCGAAACUCGCGAAAAACAGUAUUGCCCAUUACGAGUAGUUUUUUAACGAGAUGCAGAAACUACUCCGACGAAUCCGAAUCCCAGUCGGACUACGUCAAACUACCACCGUUAACCGACGACAAGCCACUCGUCUACCCGAGUUUUUUCAAGUCGUUGAGAAGCUUCAUUCAAGUGUUCUUUGUUAUCAAGCCCUACUUAGAUAUGGAUUUUGUUAUGAACGAGUUUUUAGAAGGAGCUAAGCAAGCUCUACACACAGUCUCUCAUAAAUUGGCUACAGAGGAUUAUGAAGGCCUCGAAGGCUUGGUUACACAAGAUAUGAUAAACAUUUUGAGGAAUAAAAUUAGCAUGCUGAGUAGCGAACAAAAAGCACUUAUUGCCACUCAACCAGACGAUAUUUAUGCAAUGUUUCCUUAUGAAGUUGGAGUUAUGUUUGAUAAUAACAAUGCUGAACAGAAAUUUGUGGAAAUAACAGUAGUUUAUUAUGUUAUGAAAGGUCUCAAAAAACUCAAAGAAAAUCCUCAAGAAAUUUCAAUGCCUAUAGGUAUGAAUCCUCAACUCAGGAGGAAUGCUUUUGUCUGCAAUUACAGAUUUAUACGUGAAUUUACGAAAGGCGUAGAGUCUGCUUGGACUGUAAACAAGAUUAAUCACUUUAUGCCCGACAAUUUGUAAAUAACGGAGCCGAACCUUAUUUCAUACUUUAGGCAACGCAUUAUUGUAAAAAAUAUUUUGUUAAUUUGUUAAAUAAAAUACAGUUGUACAAGAUCAUUUGUUAUUAUAAUGUAACUGUCACUGCAUGAUAAACGUAGAAAGUAUACUUA